AUGGAGCGUCUCUUCAAACGGCGCAAAUUGUCCGCAUCGGCUAGCAGCAUACCCACUCCGUCUCCGACUGCCUUCUCGCACGGCUUGCAGAAUAUCCGCCCUGUCAAACGGAUAGAAGAAGUUCAUGUUCAUAUAAGAAACCACAGUCCUGGCCGGAGUGCUGUCCAGCGCGCCGAAGAGAUGCAUCAACGGCUACACAAACGUCAAACGCCGCUCAACGGCACCGUCGAAUCCACAACGUCUUCACUGUCUACGUCCACUUUACUGACUGAUGCUGAAUCCUCGCUUCCUUCGACUUCUCUUGACGCUGCCACCGACGCUUCAUCGUCCUCAGUCCCGGAAACACUGUCGUCCCCCUCGGCCUACUCGUCCACCCUCGAGAGCAUUGCGCCGUCUACUGCAGCUGCCAGCUCUACUUCGACCAGCCCUACUUCUACCAGCUCAGACUCGGCCUCGUCGGUGUUGACAACGGAAGUUCAGCCAACAACAGAAGCUGCGCCCACCUCUACGGCUUCAGACCCCUCCUCGGCCGUCCCAGCGACUGACGCAUCAUCCACCUCGACCAUUACCACCUCUGAUACAUCUUCGGCUAUCUCGUCAACAGACGUAUCGUCCACCAAUACAUCACCCGCUGCGACAGUUCCUCUGGGUGGCUACUCUGGUCCCGGCACUGCAAAUUCAGUAUCUUCCACCUCGACGACGACCACCUCUGACACUUCUUCGACUGUCUCGUCGACAGACGCACCAUCCACCUCAACGACCACUACCUCUGACACAUCAUUGGCCGUAUCAUCGACAGACGUAUCGUCCACCAACACAUCGUCCACUGCGAUAGUCCCUCUGGCUGGCUACUCUGGUCCUGGCACUGCAAAUUCGGCAUCUUCCACCUCAACGACGACCACCUCUGACACAUCCUCGACUGUCUCAUCGACAAACGUACCGUCCUCCAACACGUCGCCCACUGCGAUAGUUCCUCUGAGUGGCUACUCUGGCUCUAGCACUGCAAAUUCGGCGUCUUCCACUUCUGCAUCCUUGGACACAAUUGGCUCGACUGGCACAUCGUCAGUCGCUGAAUCGACCCUCACUUCGACAUCUUCCAGUUCGUCUGCUGGCAACACAACAUCGUCAACAAUCGCGACCACUGCACCGCCGGGCGUAUCUCUUUCACUUGCAAUUGGAACCGCUGCCACCACAGCUUCUUCAGGAACAUCUGAGAUCCAAGGCUUGUCUGGGGCAUCACUCUCUUCGUACGAUUCUGCACUAAAUACUGCCAGUCCGGCUACCGUAGCCAGUAUUGCUUCUGGCAUAAGUUUGCCUGGCGUAUCUGGAACUGCGCCUACUAGCUCGGCUAUCACUACCGACAUUUCGUCACUGACAACGGAGAUAACUGGCAAUGUCAAUGUGACUCUGAUUGUCUCUGGUUCGCUUACAACGGCUGUACCUGUUUCUGCCAUUGCUUCGGAUCUACCGUCUCUCUCUGCGUAUGAAUCAAGCUCUUUGGUCAGCUCAAUGUCUGCAAACGAGUCAACAGUGGCUACUGUUAUUCCAGUACUUGCAUCUCUCGGUUCCAAGAGCGGCAGUCUUACCGCCUCGGCCACUGCGACAGUUGAUCCCGUCACUGCUUCAAUAAUAUCGUAUACUUCGUCCGGCGUGUCGCUCGUUAGCACCGUAUUCCCUACUGGAUCGAACGAUGGUGCCGUCACUGCCUCAACCAGCGCAACAAACGGUGCCAUCACUGCCUCAAUCAUAUUAUACACUUCGUCUGGGGUGCCACUUGUUAGCACCAUAUUUCCUACUGGAUCGAACUCAACCAUUAAUCCCUCAAGCUCGUCUCUAGGUCUUAUCUCAGGAAAUCCCGUUUUGUCAGGAUCAACAUCUACCUUUGCCUCUCAAUCAAGUUCACCGUCGCCAUCUUUCGCCAGGAACCUGACGACAUCUGCGAUUAUCAUAUCAAGUUCUUCGACAACUUACACCUCAUUCACUACCUUCCAACGCAACAGUGCGAGCAGAUCGGGUUCAAACACAGCAAGCCCAGGUUCCAACACGGCAAGCACAGGCUCAAACACAGCAAGCACAGGCUCAAACACAGCAAGCACAGGCUCAAACACAGCAAGCACGAGUUCAUCUGAUGCCAAAUCUGCAACGACCAGCUCUACUCCUCUAGCCGCCGUGUUGGGCUUUUUCACCGCGUCUUCCUCCACUGUUGAGACGUUAUCUGAUGGGUCUAGUUCUACCGUUACCCUUGCUGCGCAGGCGUUCGCUUCCACUCUUUCUAAUGGUCAAACAACCACGUCCUACGGUUCGUAUCUACCCGUGUCAUCUUCUGCCUUAGACUAUGCCGCGUUGGGCGGUAGCUCCGGCAUCUCUUCUGCCGCUGCUGCUCUCUCCUCCCAGAACGCCGACAUUAGUUCUCGCCUCAGCUCACUCAAUGCCGCUGCAUCGACCGCUACAGGAUCAGCGAGAAGCUCAUACUCCUCUGAAGCAGUCGUGUUACAGAGUUCUGCUUCUUCAGCUCUCCGAUCGGCUACCAGCGCAUUGAGUAGUGCUGCAUCGCGAGUUUCUUCGGAAGCCUCAUCUGCUUCCCUUGCGGCAUCGUCUUCCGCCGACAAUUCCUCACCCUCGUCCAGCGCCGCUCAGGGCUCUGACACUAGCGUUAUUGGUAGUUCUGCAACAGCUACUGCUCCUAGUUCAGCAAGCAGCACCGCAGCAUUAACGAACGACGGCAGUGAUAAUACCCCACCUCCUUCUGUUCUUGCAGGUGGUAUUGUGGGUGGCGUCGCUGGACUUGCCGUCUUGGUUCUGACUGCCAUGAUUUUCCUGCGCUGGUAUCGAAAGCGCAUGGCUAGCAUGAAUUCGCUGACCGAAGCCGAAGCUGCUGCUGGAAGUGGUGGCGCUGGAGGCAUGUCCGAGCGCGGCAGAACAGCUCCCGUGUUAGCGCCGCUUCUGGGAGGGGUCUUCAAAAAUAGAAAAUCCCGAGCCGCAGAAGACACUGGAGAACGAGGCUUUCAGCGCAUUAGCGGUCGCAAGUUGCCUAGUGCUUUCUCAGCCGGCAUGGAUUCUGCUCCACCCAUGCUCAUGCCGUCGGCCUUCGAUAACGAUCGUAACAUGAGCACUACUUCAGUGUAUCGUGAUAGCACCUACUACGGCGCAGGUGGCUCACCAUUCGAUGAUCCCGACAAUGAGAUUGACACCAACGAAACCAUCAAUCCUGGACCAGCACGGCAAGCAAGAAUUCACCAUCCUUAUACCAUGAGCCCGGCAAGUGCAAUCUCUGAAGACGCGUCGCCUACCAGUCCUACCUUUCCCAUCCAGGGACACAGAUUGACACCUGAGCCUGGACAAAACGCUCCGCUCAUGACUCCUUUGAGUCCGCAAGGCAGAACCUAUAGAAGUGUUACUCCUGCUACACUAUCAAGCUCCUAUGGAAGCAGGGGGAGCAGAUUCACCGAAGAAGUCUGA